UAGUACGUCAGUGCACGUUUCGUGUGGGUGAGUGUGUAAUCUCGCGAAAACGCCCACCGAUUUUUACGCGUGUAAGCGUUUAUGACUUCUAAUGAUCUUUGGAAUUUGUUGUUCUAGUCAGAUAACACAGUGAUUCAGAAACGAAGCUUUGAAGAAAUUUACGUUCUCGUUAGAGCAAGACAAUGUCAGUUAAAAAGAUGUCGCUGUUGGCUCAGUUUGAUGACAUUUGUCGCGGUUUUAGCUUCUGGCUUAAUGACCCUCUUCAAGAAUUCGAGACAUUUGCCAAUAAUCAAGAAGGUUGCCGUAAGAAAUGGUUAACUACAGAGGAAAUGUGUUCCACGGCACUAAAGGAGUUGAAUGAAGCUCGAGCAAACAGAGAAAAGCUCGAGUUACAGGUCCGCCAUGUUACCGAACUACUAAAAAAUGAAAUUCUCAUUCGCCAACGGCUUCAGAAAGAGGAAAAGGACUUGGAGCGCAAGCUGAUUAUGGUGAAACAAAUCGUUACAACCGAUCAGAACAUUGCCGAAGAAACGCGGUACAAACUUGUUUCUCUCAGUUCACUUGAAUCUUAUUCUCGAGCCGAUUUGGAAUCCCCUGGCAAUCACUUGAUUGAUUCAACAAGCGAUGAAAUUGAGAGUACUACCCAGUCCAUACUAUCAUCACUCGACAUAACUAGUGAGAAGACGGACGAAGAUCUGGAACUUUCGGUUGUGCGCUCCAUUCGUAAAUUCAGAGCACCACCUGAGACUAUAACGGGCAGAGACGGUAAUCGGCGUUCUCUUCUACUUAACCGAACGAUAGCAGUUCCGAAGGUGGAUGUGAUUACAAUUCCAGGGUCACCACCGGCCGUCACUGAAUCGGCUAAAAAAAUUAGCGUUGAUUUUCCCGAGGUCUGCGGUUCUCCAACGUCUAAUAAUAUGUGCAGUCGAGGGAUUGAACGAAGAAAUCUUUCUGCUAAGAAGGUCUUAAGGCCACACAGUUUUUCCAGCAAGGUUAUUCUGAAGCAAGAGACAUGCAUUCCGUGUAGAAACAGAAUUCGAUUCGGAAAGACGGCAAUGAAGUGCACUGAUUGUCUGGGAGCUUGCCACGUUGAGUGCAAAACCAAUAUGCCGGUUCCGUGUGUUCCAACGUGUCGCACUCCUACCCGUUUUGUGGGUUCUAUCGCUGAUUUUUCACCGAAAACAACGCCAAUGAUCCCGUCUAUUAUUAUUCACUGUCUAGAGGAGAUCGAACUACGAGGACUGGAAAGCGUAGACUACCGUUUGAACUGUCCUGAAAAAGAUGUCGCAACAUUAAAAGAACAACUGCUUCGUGGCAAAAUACGAUCAGGAGAGAUGACAACCAUUAGCACUUCGCUGAUUACAAGUGUCGUUCGGUCGUUUCUUCUGUCUCUCACAGAGCCUUUAGUCACGUACACCGCUAGAGAAUCUUUCAUUAAAUUAGUUUAUAUGAAAGACGAAGUUGAUGUUCAGACGUCUGUUUAUUCCCUGAUUCCUGAACUCCCCCGACCUAAUCGCGACACACUGGCAUACAUAAUCCUUCAUCUACAGCGGGUGGUGGAACAUCAAACGGGCCGUUUAACAGUCGCAAAUCUUGCAAAAUGCUUUGCUCCCAUGGUGGUUGGAGCUUCACGAUCUCAUACCGGUGAUGGAUUGAAGAAGCUCCAGGACGUGAAGGAGCAGCAAAUGGUUAUGGAAAAACUCCUCAAUAUCCCAAGUGAUUACUGGAACUGCUAUGCGUCUUACACAGAUACCCCAAAUACCCCCAUCAAAGCAAAAAGAAACCUUAAGAAGACUGGCUUUUUCACAUCGCCUCAUUUUUGAACCAUGGAAAUUCCUGUUUCCUUCCAACAUUUUUAUUUGAAUGGGUAUUUUUUCUUAAAGACUGUAUAACCGUAGUUAACCAUCAACCUAUGUGCACUGCUUCCAAAGAAAAACGUUAAUGCAAUCUGA